GCGGCUCGAUUACUGGACGAGCUGCACGCCGCUCAAGAAGAAUUGUCAAGAAGGAGAAGCUCAUCUUUUGAAAGCAGAGGAGACCAUGGGUUUAGCGGAAACAAUCCACCAGGACAAACAUACCCUAAUGCCGAAGUAGAGCAGUUGAGGAGCCGAGCAAUUGAGCAAGACGCUGAAAUAGCUCGCCUCCGCAGUGAAACAGCGCAGAUGAACGCUUUGAGAGAGGAAAUGGAGCUGGUCAAGAAGAAAUCCGCCGAGGUAGCAGAGGAAUUGGAUGCGAUACGAUGCACAAAUUUCGAACUGAUGACAAAGGCUGACACAUUAACGCUUAAUCUCAAGAAAACUGAGGAAGAAAAGGAAGGUUUACGAGAGAUGUAUGAAAAGAUUUGCAAAACAUUGGAAGGGAAAGAACAUGAAGAGACCGCUCGGGAGGAAAAGUCUGCGGCGAUUGAAGAGGACCUCCGAAAGACAAGGAGCGAGCUGGAAGUCGCUCAAAGGAUAACGCAGGAGUUGGAGGAGGAGUUGGCUGCUGCGCGAGUUCAGCUGACAGACAACGAAGCGAAUAUGGCUAGUCAAAGAGUAGACUUCGGUGAAACACAGGAAAGAAUCAACCGGUUGGAGGAAGAAUUGUUCGCUGCUCGAUCUGAGCUCGACAACGCCCGAUUCGGUCUGCAGGAGACAACUGCUGUGAAAAAGGAGCUGGAGCAUCUCAAAGAGGAGGUGCAGCACCUCGAGUACAUAACAGCAUUCGAAGAAAAGAUUACCUGUCUGGAGAAGGAACUACAAGAAGCAAGGGUGAAAAUGGAACAAGAUAAAGCAGUAAGUCUUGAACAGUUCUGA